GUCACUAUUGUCACUAACACACGGCCCCCUCCUCUUUUAGACGUCAAUCUGACCCAAAUUAAAAAAACAGUAAACAGAAUGAAAUUAAUGUUAAAAAUAUAACAAUUGAAAUAAAAUAACAAAAAUGGAAUUAUUUCGUUCGGAACUCUAUUACAUUUUCGUCAGAAAUGAGUCAAGUUUGUGGUGGAACAGAUUAUCGGGGGCUUUUUCUGUGCGAUCAGCCUGGGACAUGUCUGACAUAGAAGAUAUAGAAUGCCUCGGUAUAACUGAAGGUAUUAUUGGAAAGGUCGAGCAUUCCAAUAUAUUCGAACCCCGCUUAAUGAUAAUCAAAGAAAGUGCUCCCGUCGGCAACAUAUACUUUCAUCACACCAUUCAUAAAGUAAAAUCAAUAUGUUUUUUAAACAUGGGCAUAGCAAACCAAGAACUUGAACUGUGUCCUUGCACUAAACAUGGCUCUUCCACAUCUGUGCUGAGUUCUAAUAAAAAAAUAGGCAGUCGUCUGUUUGAAAAUUCAGCAUUUUUGAAUAAAACUGUUGGAGCUGUAAAGAAUGUAAGCAACACUAUUAAAACAACUACACAGCAAGCAGCUACACAGGUGAAACAAACAGUAAAAAAGCAAAGAGAUCCUAAAGUGGCAGAACGUUUUGAGAAGCGGCUCACGGAUGAAUUGCAUAAAAUCUUCGAUGAUUCACACAACUUUUAUUAUUCGAGAACAUUGGACUUGACAAACAGCCUCCAAAGACAAUAUGAGAUAGAAAAGAUGUUGGAAACUGAAGAAGGUACCGGACGACCGGUCACAGACAUAACGAGAUGGUGGAAACAUGUUGAUGAUAGAUUCUUCUGGAAUAAACAUAUGUUGAAAGAUAUUAUUGCACUUGGGAGUCCAGAUUGUGAUCAGUGGAUAUUGCCAAUAAUUCAAGGAUUCGUACAUCUGUCUCAAAUAGCCGUGGAUCCAGCUGAUUCUAACCCAUUGAACACGGAAUCUCUCACAAACACGAGCACAUGUGAUGAAACAUUUACUCUCGGUUUAAUAUCCAGACGGUCAAGAUAUCAAGCUGGGACUCGUUACAAUCGACGCGGUAUCGAACAAAGCGGAAAAGUGGCUAAUUAUGUUGAAACCGAGCAAAUUGUGUCGAUAAUUUGUUCGGAUAGCAUCCACAGGGCUUCAUUUGUACAGGUACGAGGUUCGGUUCCAAUCUUCUGGAGCCAGCCUGAAUACAAGUUUCGUCCGCCACCACGACUUGAUAAAACCGAAGAGGAGUCCCAUGCCGCCUUCAAGAAGCAUUUCGAAGAACAACUGAACACUUACAAGCAAGUGUGCAUAGUGAACUUAGUCGAGCAGCAGGGCAGAGAACGCGUGAUAUGGGAGGCGUACGGCAACCACGUCCUCAAAUACGACAACCCUAAUCUCAUAUAUGCGACCUUUGACUUCCACGAGUACUGCCGCGGUAUGCACUACGAAAACGUGAGCAUCCUCAUCAACGCAAUAGCGGACAUAAUAACCGACAUGCGUUUCUGUUGGCGUGACGACCGCGGCGUUAUAUGCACGCAGAACGGCGUCUUCAGAGUCAACUGCAUCGAUUGUCUGGAUAGAACGAACGUCGUACAAACUGCUAUCGCUAAAUACGUGUUGGAGUUGCAACUGUGCCGGCUGGGGUUGGGCACGCCUGGCUGUGGUCUGCCGCCGCCGCUUCAGAGGGCGUUCCUCACCAUGUGGGCGGACAACGGCGAUGUCGUGUCGAGGCAAUACGCCGGAACGAAGGCCCUCAAGGGGGACUACACACGUACAGGCGAACGAAAGAUCACGGGAAUGAUGAAGGACGGCGUUGCAUCAGCAAAUCGAUAUUAUUUGUCAACUUUCAAGGAUGCGCUGCGUCAAGUGGCCAUAGACGUAAUGACGGGCGAAUCGAAAACGAUACCGGAACAACUGAUCGUGCCGGACUGCAGCCGAUGCACUUCCGUUAAGGUGCUCACGUUUGACGAUCAAGCUGCCCCGGACACCGCUGCGAUGGCGCAACACGUCAAGUCCCUAAUCGACGACUGCAAGAAAAUGUUGGUCGAUACAGAACCGAUACUUGGAUCGUGGGGUCUGAUCGACGCGGAUCCACACACGGGCGAUCCCCACGAAACGGAAAUGGAUAGCGUAUUAGUUCUGACUAGUGAAGCCUACUACGUGGCGGACUACGACGAGACGUCGGACAGGCUGCUGUCCGUGCAGAGGGUGCCGCUGCGUGACGUCAUCUCCAUAGAGCUGGGAACGUUCGACGCAAGUUCCACUAUUUUCGGCGUCGGUCGCAAGUCAAAUUCGGAGACGGUAUACUGCAUGCGCAUCAAUUACAGUUACAACGGCGAUAGUGGAUACUUCCACAUGUUCAGGUCGACCUCGCUUCGGUUCUUCAACAACAUGGCGGUCGCAAUCAACACCAGAGACGAGAUGAUAGAAUCGCUGCACUCCAUAUGCGAAUCCAUGGUGGUGGCCCGUGAGGUCGCCAAGCUGCCGCCGAUACCCUUCCACGAUGGCAUCAAAUUGGAAAAGAGGAAAUCGAAGGUACAUCCGAAUCACACUCAAGCCGGGGGAGCCCGUGCGUCUCCUUACCUGGACCUCUCUCGUCUGCCGACCCUCACCAGGAACGUCAGCGAGACGCAACUGGUGGCCGACAUUCGGAGCGUCGGAUCGAAGGCGUUCAACAACAUGACGGAACAGUUCAGCAAACUAAACAAACUCAGUCACUCUCUGAACGCCAGAGCUAGACCGAGCCUCCAGCUAAAGUUCGACCAGAACACGACGAAAACGAAAAAAUUAUUCACGUUAGGUCAAAACAAAAGCGACAACAAGAAGAAGGGCAGCCUAUCGGACGGCAUGAGCUCCGAUUACUCGUCGGACGAUGAAAACCGGACCAACAUAUUCGAGCCGACCCUGGACAACUUCGAGAACACGCAGCACUACAUCGGGAAACCGAACAGUUCGGGAAACGAAAACGACUGCGAACUUAUCGAGAAUCCACUGUAUUCAUCGAAAAUCGAACCAAACGACAACCAAGAAGUCUUCAUCGCGAAUGAAACACCGCCCGCCGUCAACUUGCCGAAAACGCCGACUAAUAUCGGCAAAGUAAACCCGUUCAAUUCGGAGAGGGCGCCCGAAAUACAAAUCGAGACGGAAGGUUCCGGAAAACCGGCACCACCGAACUCUCUGAUGCUCUCGCAGAAGCUGUCCCACAGCUCGAACGAUGUCAAUUAUGGGGAGAGCGAUGGGGUCAAUUACCACGUGAGGUCGAACUCCCAGCACGAGAUCGUGCUGAAUAUCGCAUCGUCCCACAGCGAGUCCGCUUUGAGGCACCUCAACUAUAUCUCCAGUCCAGUUUCCAGCACCAGCACGACCAAAGACCUGGUGCUUUCGCCCUUAACGAAGCUGGCUAAAGGAGUACAAAAUCUUGGUGCUAAUUUAGAUCCGAGGAAGAUAAAGGGUUCAGCGGCAGUUAAGCAUGUAACGGAACAACAGUAUGUCGAACAUAGGAAGUUGCAGGAGAAAUGGCGCGACUGUAACACCAGACUCGUUGCGUUGUAACGAUUAUAAUUAAUUAAGCUUUUUUUUGACAUAUUUUAAAAAAUUUUUUUUUUUCGUUUAUUACGUACGCGCUACGAGCGGAAACGUUGCGUGGAAAGUGAAUAUCGAUUUGACUAAUUUAUUUGAAAUUUUGUGUUUUUUUUAUAUAAUAAUGACUUUACAUUCCCAAUACAUCUUAAAUAUUCUGUGUGAAAAUCGAAAAUUCCAGAACGUAUUUUAAUUCAUCUCGUAUUAAUUAUAGACAAAUGUGUGAUUGAUUGGAACUAUAUAGAAAAACGAUAUUUAUUUUCAUUUUAAAGAUCGUUUAAAUUUAUGACGCUAAUUCUAUCUCAGAAACUAUUUACUUUCGCCACAAUACUUGGUGACUGUUAUUAAAUUUACUAUAAUAUGAAGUUAAAUUAAAAUUAAUGUAAUGAAAAUAAUAAAUAGUUCCAUUAGUGAAUGAAUGAAUGAUGAAUGAAUGAUCAAUGAAGAAUGAGUGAAUGAAUGGUGUAAUGAUCAUGACAUGAAUAGACACGUUUAGUGUAUCAGUCGAAUACUAUUUUUAUGUUUUAAUGGGUUCGUUUUAAGACGUCUCCGCUCGAUGCGUUUGCAUGCUCGUAUUUCAAUUGAGAUCUUUAGGUAUUCUUAUAGUGUUAAAGAAAAAUAGUACAGUAUUUUAUUUUGUUUGACAAAAAAAACGAAUUUAUUAUUAUCUGUGUUAAUUAUUUAUUUGUUUAUUAAAUAGUCUACAAUUUUAAAUUCCAAAUGUAAUUAAUGUUUAAUAUUCCAGUGUUAUUUAUAAUUAUUUAUUGAUAAUAUCCUUUUAUUGAUGAAACGAGCACAAUAAUGUUGCCCACCUAAUAAAUAAAAAAAUGUUACUGUAUUAACCAAUUAGUUAAAUAGUGUAGUUUGUGUUACGAAGUAUUUAAUCAGAUAGUAUUUAUAAUAUGUUUAUAUUCGCAAAUAAAGACCCGUUUGAAUACUGAUAAUAGUAAAAUGCGGGAAAAUUAUUAUUCAUGAAAUUGAAUGUAUUUAGUAACAUCAUGGCCAUACACAAAUUACAAAAUCAGCCUUGCGGUAUGAUCAUUCUUAUGCUCUUGUCUCUAUGGGCGGUUGUAGUCUUCGAAGACUAAUAGUUGCCAACGUUAAUUCUGAAUAAUGUAUGUCCAAUAAAUGUCCCGUGUUCAACUGGGUAUCUUGAAGACUGCGACGCGGCCUCCUAGAUUGAAAUCAUCUCGAUUAUCUGUGUGAAAUACACAUAUGUAUUUUUUUUAGAUAAUCAGAGUCUGGGUUGUAUUGUGUUCUCAUACGUAUUACACGCGACUAUGAUAAAUCUUUCGGUCAGUGAUUGUGGAUUAACAUUUAUUUGGUUACAUUUUAAGCUUAGUAAUUAAAAAAAGUAGAAAAAAACGUGUGGGAUUUGAACCAAUUAAAGAUAUUGUCUUUCGAAAAAAAAUGUAGAACGGGUCUUAAAAAUAGAGAUCGCUUUAAUCAUUGAAAUUAGCAAAAUCGUAUAUAAAAUAGGUUCUAUUGAAUUAUAUUAGCAGGGUUUUGACAUUCUGCCGCUAGAUCUAUAUUUAUGAUAAGUCAAUUACGUGAAUGUUGUCCCUUAUAAUAAUAUAUCGAGCCUAAUUAAUGACACGCCUAUAAAUUUGAAUACGCAAGGCCCAUGCAUAUUCCUGAUUUUUUUAAAACGCAUUCUGUGUUUCACCGAACGAUUGUGAUGUAAGAUUUUUAUUAGAAACAGCCUCGAAGCGGGUCGAAAUCGUCUGAGGUCCGAAGACUUGUGCUACCAUGAAGAGGGUAAAUCCUUCGUAGUUACGUAUUCAGCGAAGUAUUUAUGCACCAUAUCGAGGGGUAAAAGGUUGUUUGGUUUUUUUCCUAACUAUGCUGAUAGCCUUGAGAGGCUACAUCAGCGUUAUCGGACGAGUAGGUGAGCACACGGUGCUCAAACUUGACGAAGUUGCUAACACGAACCCUAGCAAGAGUCGUGCUUCGCAGAAUCUACCACCGGAUCGGAGACGCGACGCACUAAGAAGAUCCGACGAAAAACUCAGUGGGCUGUGACUGUGGGUUAGUUUACUCGUCGCAAGCGACGGGUUCGACGAGAACGGUGACCGGCGGUAUUUGGCUUAAGCGACAUAACACGCGACAUUUAUCUUUGUAAUUACAGGUCCGUUUUAUUUGGUAUUAUCAUCAACUAAUCGAUGUUUUCAAUUGAACUUAAGUUUAACCAAUUCAAAUUGCUGAUUAGUAAAAUGUUUUUUUUUGUAAUAAUAUUUUUUCCAAAGUUUUAGCUUUAAAUCGCUCUCGUGCAAUGUUGCAAAAUUGUUGCUUAAACCAAAUAGAUCUUUCAACCCUCGAUAUAAGUUUUUAUGAAUUCCUCAUUAAACACGACAUGUCACAUAAGUGUGGCCAAUGAUUAUUUAAUACCAAAUAGACUGUGAGCUAGCUAGUAAAUUUAGAAAGGUAUAACGCUUAAGUGACGCAGAUACACCAGUCAAAUAUUAGCAGAAUACUUUUGGAAACUGACAAAUCGCGAUUGUGUCAAAACGGCCAUUUUGUUCAGCUUCAAUUUUAUUAAAUAAAUAAUGGAACAAAAUUUACUAAUCAGUGUUAGUAUAUGUUCGUACACAUAUUUUCUGUAUCUAAAUAAAUCAAUAUUAAAUCCGUUUAAUACUACAAUUUGAGUGCUUUGAAAAAAAAAAUAUUUAUUGCAAUUUAGGCAAUGGUAUUCAAGAUCUUCAAUUUUUUUUGUUUUCAAAAAAAACAAAAACAAAAUCCUUUCUUAAAAAUGUGAAAUACAUCAAACGCUGGUAAUAUUCGUACGAAAUUUUAAUUUAAAAUAAGUUUAUGUAGAAAUGAAUUAUGACGAACAAUAAAAAAUUAUAUUGUGAUUAUUUUUAAAAAUAUUCUCUUUAGCUUUUUUAAUCGUCAAUGUGUUUCGUAAUAAACAGUAUUAACGACAAAUAUUUAUUUGUUAUUAAAAAAGAUAGUGAUGUAGGUAUAUUGAACAGACGGUAGCGUUUAGUGCAAUGUUACAUUAAUAGUUACUAUAUUGAAACUGUUGUGUAGAUUGACAUUCCAAUAUGUACGUAAAAAAAAAAAAAACUGUUCUUGCUGAAUUUAUAGACAUUUGUAUUCAAUUAUUCAUAAACUGCGAUGUACAAUAAUUAUAUAUUGUUUUAGAAUUGCCAAAAAUAAAAACUAAUAAAAUGAAGCGAAUGUUAUUGUUUUAGUGAUAUAAAAAAAAAACAUUUCUGGAUAACGAUUAGAUAAUGGAAUGAUUUUUAGAAUAAAGCAAGCAAAACAAGACGGGUGAACUAUCAAUGCGAUAUUGUGGCUCAAUGUGGAAACAAUAUAACGAGAGGAGGGGCAGGUUGAAUUGAUUUAAAUCGUGCUCUGUACUCUUGACAUCCUGCGAAAAUUCAUGAGUAGAUAAAGUGAAAUCGUUACAUAUUAACUCAUUUACUGAAGCGCCUUUAACUGGUAGACGUGGAUUCGGCUAACACUGACCUUAAGCAAGAGCAGCGCUUCGCAGAAUUACCACCGGAUCGGAAACGCGACCCACUGAGAAGAUCCGCUGAGAAACUCAGUGGGCUGUGUCAUUGGGUUAAUUCACUCGUCGAGCCCUUUGUCGUAAGCGACGGGUUCGACGAGGACGGUGACCGGUUAAAUUCAUGCUAUAUGGAUUGUGUAAUGGAAAUGUUAAAUGCGUCAUUAGGUACGCGAAACAAAGUUUUUUCGACGCCCGGUAUGUUAACUAAGAUACUACAUACCUACGUAAAACGUACGUAACUACGGUAGAAUCACUAGAAGUAAUAGUGUUCUGUGGGUAGUAUGGUAUAUUGUAACCGAGAGAAGAACGUUUUAGGGCCAAAGUAGUGUUAAUAUCUUUGUUAUAAAUACAGAAAUACAUUACACUAUAUGCUGAAUUAUAAAGAUAUCUUUAUAAUGAAGUUGGUACGUCAAUUUGAUCUUUCAAUUAUUUAUUCUAGUGCUAAUUGGCAAUGUUUAGGGUAAAGGUCUAACACAACACCCUAUUUCUGGUCACCCGAAAAGUUUAUUUAAAUUUCACUACAUUCACAGCAUUUUGCCGAGACGCUUAUUUUAGUUGUCCUCUCAUUUUAUUCCGUUUCAUUGAGUUUUAAAUGAUUAUUAUAAAAGAAUAUUCAAUAUCCAUUUUAUUAUGGUCCUCUUUACUUAAUCUUACUCUAAAAUAAACGGUUAAAAAGACUAGAAACCAAACUAUUUAAACUUUAAAAAAUGUUCCAACUUAAACCCAGCUUAAUCAAUUUAUGAUGGUAGUCUGAUAGAAAUAUUUGAAUAUAAACCUUAGUGCCGUACACAACGCUUCCUUCAUGUAAUGUAAUGAACCCAACUAAGAUUCAUUUUCUUCAGCAGCAAAUAUAUUUACUACAUUUCCAUGGAUAAAAAGUUGUUCAUACUUUAAAUGUAUUAUAAAUAAUUGAAUCUGUCACAUAUAAUAAGAUUAUGUUGAGAAUGUAGUUAAGUCACGUGAUUUGUUUAAAUUUACAAUAAACAAUUAUUGAUGCUUUAA